AUGAUUGAAAGCAGCUUCAAUCCAACAUUCAUACUUUUACUGCAUUUUAGUCCACCUAAUUAUGUAUUAUUAUCCAACACCGUUGAUACGAACGGCAAAGGCACAAUAAAAUGUGCAAUAGCUGUUAAAAUGGUUGCUCGUCAAGCUGGAAUGAAAUCGAUUAAUGACAUAAUUUUUCUUUACCGUACGCAAAGACCACCACCAUCGUAUUACAUGAUUGGCGAAAUCAAUGGAUUAUAUAUGUGUAUUCAACAUGGUAUUGUACCACCGACGAUACAAAAACUUCAUCAACCUAUACAAAUACCAGUCAAUUAUUCUGAACAACAAAAAAAUUCUUAUAAAUCAACAACCACACAUGGAUAUGUACAAGAAAAUCCAUCUAUAGAAGGUAUGCGAUUUUCCAUAGAGCUAAAACACUGA